AGGCGGGACCAAGACUUGGGAAGGACUACGUUGUGGUUCUUACGAACUUAACCGGCCCCUACACUGGCAAUAGUUUCAAAUUGAUAGUGUGUAGACAGGCGGGACCAAGAUGGAAUAAUUAUUCCAUCUUGGGCGGGACUACGUUGUGGUCCUUACGAACUUAACCGGCCCCUACACUAUCAAUAAUAUUGACGUCAAGCAGAUUGAAUCUAUAUUCGGGAUCUUCAAUCAUUUGCCCUCACACUGCUCAAUGACAUUGGGAAUACUUGUCAUUUCUCUCUGGUGCUUCACAGCUGCAACAUCAUGGUUUCUGACGAGGAUUUAUUAUAUACGUUGGUUUUCUAUUUUGUGAGGAGAAAACUAAGACAAAUAAGUGGAUGAAAGAUUGGUUUAAAAAGAUACAUUAAUAGACACAAGAAAACCUGUUAGCUGAUCUCAGAUUCAGUGAGCCUUCUGAUUUCACAAAUUUUCUUCGCUUAGAUGGAGCAGGGUUCGAUGAACUUUUGACUCUGGUAGCACCGUUAAUAGAAAAGAAGGAAACACAUUUGAGAGAGAGUAUUCCAGUAACUCAAAGAUUGACGGUCACUCUUCGUUACUUGGCCACUGGCAGUACAUUUGAAUACUUGAAAUUUGUAAGUGCUAUGUCUCCUCAGUCAAUCAGCAAGAUAGUUAUGGAGACAUGUUAUGCAAUCAUACGCCGUCUCAAAUGCUAUAUCUAGUUAUCGGAAACAACGAUGCUGAAAAACAGGACUCUUCAAUUCAUGCUCGUCGCAGUCACAGCUCUCGGUUUGGCUUACGUCAUUCUGCAUGAAGCGGUUUCUGAGGGACGCCAGUCAGAACCACAGUCAUGCUGCAUAACUUUUGACAUGGGUAUAUGCCCCUGCAAAAGGACCUAUGAGGCACCUUUCAGUCACCCUUGUCCAUGGAAUACAACUUCUCCUCAAAAGGCGCUCGAAUAUUUGGAGAGAAUGUACGGGCAAUCGACUUGUAACAGCUGGGCAACUCUCAGAGGACCUAAGCAAAGGGUAGUAAGCUACUCUGUUUACGGCACCUUUCCAAGCGACUACUACAGUGGACUUGAAAUUCUCAUUCCUGAAGUAACGAAAACUUACCCUGGUUGGAGUGUCCGGGUUUACCAUCGUUUCAACAUGUCAGACUUAGCCUACACGAGCUGGAUGUGCAAGUUAGCAUGCAAGUACCCGCAUCUGGAUCUGUGUCAUGCAGAUCACGUAUCAGUUUUAGGCAACACAAGUAAAGCAACAGCGCGAGUGUGGAGGUUUGCUGUGAUGGGGGACCCAUUAGUGGACUGGUACGUGGUUCGUGAUGCAGACUCUCCCAUCCUGCAGAGGGAAGUGGAUGCUGUCAAGAUGUGGCUCUCGUCUGGCACUUGUUUCCAUGUGAUGCGAGACCACCCAUACCACGGAGUUCCAAUGUUGGCCGGAACUUGGGGUGGCUGCGGCAUGUGGCAUGAAAAAGAGGUCCGAUCUAUAAGGGACACGAUUUUAAGAACUUCUCUUUCGGACACAGCAGACCAGACAGCUUUAGCAGUUAGUAAAAGCAUGAUUUAUUUGAACCACUAAGAAUAGUCUUUCAACAAUGAAGAGAUGAUAAAGAUGACAUUAACGUCUUCUAGUGCAAAUCCAAAAUGAUAUCUAUAUAAUCAGGCUUCCGAGUCAGAGUAUAUAUACGAUUUGGGCAUAUUUUCGUUUUUAUACAAAUUAUAUUGCAGUCAGUGGCGUUAUUUGCAGAGAUUAUCUUAUCAUUUAGACUUUCAAUCAGUCUGCAUUCUUCUAUUUCUCUUCAGGCAAGUUAAGUCUGCAUGUUGUAAUAAAAACAUGUUUAUAUAAAUAUAUAAUUUCGUCCUGAAGACGCCACCAAUAGAUGAGGAAAUGGUCUGUCGACUAUAAGUAGUAAAUGGAGAGAAACAUGAAUAAUCUUUCUUUGUUCCUGAGAAGCUUGCUUGAGGAGAAAAAGUUGAGACAUAGACUGAUUCAUAGGCUAUUAAUGCCACUGACUUUAAUAGAAAUUAUAUUGUGAUAGAAUUUUUUCUUUUGUGUAAUUCCCCUAGUAGUUCUCCUUAGUAAGGCAAGGAAAUUCUAGUGUCCAGUCCUCUCAUGCAGAUAGAAAGAACCCACUGCAUUCCAUUCUACAUAAUAUAACGCUCAGUGAGAGGAGCUGGUAAAUGGACCAUUAUUACUCUGAGUAUGAUCAGCCAGAAUCUAUUGAUACCUCCUGUGAUAUGUUUAAAAAGUAUUA